AUGAUCGCCAACGACGACGACGAGAACAAACUGUUCAACGGCCAGGUGCUGUAUCGCGAGUGGGGUCGGCGCUUCUGCACCUUGGGCAGAUACCUCAAGAGCAUCAACUACUAUGAGCUGUCGAAGGAGUUCGGCGAGGAAAAUUUCAUAUGGACCCUGCUGGGACUGGCGGAGGCCUUGAAAAAGUCCGGACAGUUUGCCCAGGCCAACGAAGUCGCCCAACAAUGCAUGAAUAUAGAUGCCAGUCACCUCGGAGCUUAUUGGACUCGCAUGGGCGCGCUCUACGACAUCGGAGAAUUUUGCGAGUCGCUGAUUUACGCGCAUCGAGGUCUGAAGCGUCGAUCGCGAUUCCGCGAGGCCGUGCUGCUGGCCAACGAGACGGUCGAGGACUGCUGCGGCGUCAACGUGCCCGGCGACGUCCUCCUCCAGAUGCAGCCGUGGAUCGAGCGUCUCGGCAAGCAUCGCGAGGAGCUGACCCGGCACAGAAACGAGGGCGACGACGAGUUCGCCGAGAUCGGCGAGCACCACAUGCUCUUCACGAUCAACGACCCCGAGGAGCACCUGCGCCACAAGCACCGACUGGUCGAUCGCAUGCUCGCCGCCUUCUAUCUGGAAAAGUCGGCCGACGACAAGAACUUUUUGCUCGACAUGACGACCCAUCCGGGCCUGAGGAUACCCAACGAGAAGGGCAGCGAGAGCGUGACCAAGGCCACCAAGGACUGCCUGACGAGGCUCAAGAGUCAGCAGGAGGCCAUAAGGACGCGCAGGCCCCUCUACGCGGUGCGAUACAAGCAGGAGGCUCAGAAGAGCAAAGGCCUCAAGCUGGCCGAGGCCAGGGAGCUUCAGCUGACCAAGUGCCUGAGGCUCAACGCGGCGAGAUACGUCCUCAGACAGAUACACCAGACGAGGCUCGCCAAGGAUUACGACACGUUUUUCAGACUGGUAGAAAUAGCCCGUGAGAGAUUCGCUGCGAGCCCGUUGAGCAUCUUUCCCGAGCGCAUGAGGUUCCUCGACGCCCUCUACAGAAUGUCAGCCCGAGCUUACAUGGAUCCGAGGGAUCUGCGUCAGUUCCAAGCCCAUCAGCAGCGCGAGAAGAACAACUACAUUCGUCGAGCUAUCGGCUUGAAAGGCUCGAAAUUGCCCAAGGAUUCGGAUUUAGCCUGGCCGCGAUGCCUGAAUAUUCGGCAGGCUUUCGCCAAGUGCCGACAGAGGCUGGCGUUGUCGAGGCGCAGGCUCGAGAGAUUGUGGCUGCUUCACGAGAUUUGCAAGCUCUUCAUGCAGAUCAAGAGAUUCGACUUGGCUAGAUUUUACGCGAAAAAGACUCGGGACCUGAGCAUCGAGUGGGGCCACGACGACUGGGCGCUGAACGCCUGUCACGCCCUGCUGCGCGUCGAGGCCAUGCAGCUGAACCGGCCCGAGGCCAAGGAGGCCGCCGAGGCCACCAUCGAGUACGCGCGCAAGCUCGACUGCGCCUACCUCGUGGACUUUUACGAGCAGACGGUGCGGCUGCUCGAGACGAGCGAGCUCGGCCAGGUGGGCGACGACGACGGCAUCGGCAAGCGCGAGCAGCUCAUCAACAAGCUCAUGCCGGACUACAUGAAGCCGAGGAUGGACCGGCUGUUCCGGGCGAUGGGCUCGCUGCCGGCCAACAGGAGGCUCAGCGUCAUGCCCGGCUGCAACCCGAUCGACCCGCCCGGAAAGAAGAAGAGCACCAAGGUCACGGUGCAGUCGGGACCGCCCGAGGACGAGGACAACCUUCUCAUGAUGGCCAUGCUCAAGAAGUACGCCCCGAGCAAGGCAGUUCCUGGAACGGUUGAUUUCAGCCAAUACGACUGUUGA